CAAGGAAUCGGUGAGUGUUUUUUUGUUUUUUUUAAAUGGAGCCUGGACUACUUGCGCAACACUGUGUGUCUGUGUCUUAUAGAACAUUUGUGAGCGCCACACAGCAGCAGCAUGGUCAGCCGUGUGGAGCAUCCGGCAGCAGGCUACAAGAAACUCUUUGAGACCGUGGAGGAGCUGAAUGAGCCAAUCCCGGCUAAAAUCACCGGGAAUUUACCAGCAUGGCUUGGCGGCAGUCUCCUCAGGGUGGGACCCGGGCUCUUUGAGAUCGGGGACCAACCUUUCCACCACCUCUUUGACGGACAGGCGAUCGUGCACAAAUUUGACCUGAAAGAUGGUCAGGUGACUUACUUCAGGAAGUUCAUCAAAAGCGACGCAUAUGUCCGUGCCAUGACGGAGAACAGAGUGGUCAUCACCGAGUUUGGCACAGCGGCAUAUCCUGACCCCUGCAAAAACAUCUUCUCCAGAUUCUUCACUUACUUUAAGGGGAUCGAAGUGACUGAUAACUGCAUGGUGAACAUUUAUCCAGUUGGCGAAGACUUCUACGCUGUUACAGAAACCAACUACAUUACCAAGGUGGAUCCCGACUCACUGGAAACGUUAAAGAAGGUGGACCUGUGUAAGUACCUGUCUGUGAACGGGGUGACAGCCCACCCCCACAUUGAGGCGGAUGGGACAGUGUACAACAUCGGUAACUGCUUUGGAAAGAACAUGAGUCUGGCUUACAACAUUGUCAGGAUCCCACCUGCUCAGAAAGACAAGUCGGACCCCUUGGAGAAAUCCCAGGUCAUCGUUCAGCUCCCAAGCAGUGAGAGAUUAAAACCCUCCUACAUACACAGUUUCGGUUUGACGGACAACUAUUUUGUCUUCGUGGAGCAGCCGGUAAAAAUCAACCUGCUCAAGUUCCUGUCGGCUUGGAGCGUCAGAGGUGCGACAUACAUGGACUGCUUCGAAUCUAACGAGACCAUGGGGACAUGGUUCCACCUGGUCACGAAGGAGCCGGCAGCACACCUGAGCGGCCACAAGUUCCGAACAUCAGCUUUCAACAUCUUCCAUCAUAUUAAUGCCUACGAAGACCAGGGAUUCAUUGUUGUCGAUCUCUGCGUGUGGAAAGGUUUUGACUUUGUGUACAACUACCUGUACCUGGCCAACAUGAGGAACGAGUGGGAGGAGGUUAAAAAAGCUGCCCUGAAAGCCCCUCAGCCUGAGGUCAGGCGAUAUGUGUUGCCUCUGGAUAUACACAGCGAGGACCAAGGAAAGAACAUGGUCUCUCUGUCCUACACGACUGCAACUGCUGUUCUUCAUAGUGACGGAACUAUCUGGUUGGAACCUGAAGUCAUCUUGUCACAACCCAGACAAGCAUUUGAGUUUCCCCAGAUUAAUUAUUCUCACUGCCGGGGGAAGAAAUAUUCCUUCACUUACGGCCUGGGACUCAACCACUUCAUCCCGGACAAGAUCGUCAAAUUAAACGUGCAGACCAAAGAGACGUGGGUGUGGCAGGAGGAUGAAUGUUACCCGUCUGAGCCUCUGUUUGUACCAACACCCGGAGCUGCACAGGAGGAUGACGGUGUGUUGCUGAGUAUUGUAGUGAAGCCAGGAGCAGAAAGACCAGGCUUCCUGCUGGUGUUGGAUGCCAGAAGACUGACGGAGCUGGCCAGGGCGGAGGUGGACGCCAUCUUCCCAGUGACCUUACACGGCUUCUACAAGCCAUGAUGCUCAAGUCCUUCCCAAAUAUGUGACGCGCAAGUCAAUAUUCAAUAGUCAUCGUGUCUGCUAUUCCAUUUUUAGAUUAGAAAUGAGCUCAAAAUGUACACUGUAGAGCCUCACUUGUAUUAUUAUAAUAAUUGGCGUCGUUUGGCCUUAUUUUUAGGCCCCCCUAAAUAAUUUGGUGUGAUUUUUUUUUUUUUUUUU